UCAUAUCGGUUUAUUGGGCAAUGAGCACGCUGAUCUAGCAGCGAAGUAUGCUGCUUAUGCACCACCUAUGCAUCCAAAUGCUUAUCAUCACUGCACAUUAUUGCUGAAUGCAAACAAAACCCAAUUAGGAGAUUCUCUUGUUAGAGAAGAGGCAACUUAUAUAGGCAAAGCCACGGCUUCGAAAAAGUCUGCCAUUAAAAAUUUAUGUGAUGUUAGUAGCACCGUAAAUAUAGCGCAGCUACUGUCGGCAAUUGGUUAUGAAUUUUUACGCACUUCCGCCACAGAAGUGGAAGAUGGCGGCAAUAUUCAGAUCUUGAAACAGAGGGGAUUUCAACUCAUAAAUCCAACAGAAAAGUGGUUUCCAGGAAUUGAUGUUUUGGGUCAUGAAUUUAGUUCUUGGGAAUGGAUCGUUGGAAAAACGCCUACCUUUAGCGUUGAAAAAGAAUUAGCUCUGAAGACGGACGGCGAUAAACAGUUAAUAAUGAAAUUGAGUGUCGGCGUCGAAAAAGUAAGAAGUGCUCCUAGCUCGUAGCUUUUGAAAUCCUGUUAACAUCCUCUGUUUCCUUCUUCGGAGUUUAAUGGCCGAUAUCAACAUUGUGAUGCCUAAUGGGGAUAGAUUGCCGGUUAUAACCCAAUUCCAAAACAAAAGCUUUAAUGAGAAAAAUUUGAACAAUAUAGUUGGCGCUCUUAAGUUGGCUUCGA